UCCGCGCUCCAGUCUGCCAGUGUCACAUGUAACCUAACCGGCGUCGGGCGCGUCACAUCAUGAGCUGGGCGUACGCUGGCCUGCCCGUUUCAUUCAUUAUCUGUAACACGAAUACUUUAAUGAGCACGGGCCUUUAAUUAAAAUAAUGACCGUAAAUUACUAAUACAAUGUACAUGCAAGACCAAGACACCUUCACUGUAAAGCAGGAAGAAGAGUUCAGCAGACCAGUCGAGUCCGUAAUGCGAUGUGAGGACUUCAAAAGCAAUUUUGCCAGAAGACUUUCCAAUCGUUUCAUCUCCAGAUCACCCAGCUCGAGCUCAAGGCAAGACAGUGUGUUAAAGCUGCGACCACCCCAGACAAAAAAUACAGAAGCAAACCCCGAUAAUGUUCCAGAAAGAAUUGAGCCUAGCACUCAACUUUCCAAAAAUGUCGACAAGGAGCAAACAUUGGAUGUGAACGAGUCCGGGGACAAAGCACCGCCGCCGGCGAGCCACUCCGCCAUGAGGCACACCGAGGUCACGGCACUGCACAUGGAGGUGGACACCCUGCGGUGGCAGCUGGCGCAGACCGAGGCGAAUCGACAAAUGCACAUAGCUUUACUCAACCAAAUAGUUACUUUCCUCAAUAGAGUGAAAGACCACAUCGAAUGUCAUAAAACCGACUUCAAUGAAUCCAAUGAAAACAUGAAAGAUAUUUCCAAAGAGAGGGCACUACCUAGAUCGUUUAAUGCAGCUAAUAUACCGCGCUCUCGGUCAGUUGUACACGUCAACAAACAUGUGGAGUAUUCUUUACGUCCCGCUAAGAAACUUGGAACAAGGAAGAUCAGCAAGUCAAUAAGUAAUGUUAAUGGGUAUAAAGACUGCAACAGCACGUGGAACCAAUCCAAAUUAUCACUGACUUCAGAGAGUGGUAAUUCCCAAAAAAUCACAGCAGAAAUCUCACGGCUAAUUACUCUUGCCAAUACCGUACUAACUACUAAGCUGCCCGAUCUCGCCUGUAACGAUGUUCAAAAUAACUCCAAUGACAAAAUAUUUGCGAGUAAUGAUAAAAAGGAAUCGAUGAAUUCCAACACCAGCAAAAUGAAUCUAAUAACACAAAAUGUAUCUACAAACUCAUUUUUAAUAAAAUCUAUUUGCGAAAAUUCGGAUCUAUAUGAAGAUUUACCUAGUUCGCUGGUAGAUGCAGAAGACGAUGAUAUUAAAGAAUUCGUAAUGCCACUAUCAACGCUAAAUUGCGACAUCGGAAACGAAUUCGCAGAGUUAAAAAUUUCAAAAGAAAAGCAGGACCAUAUUUUGGAAGAAAAAACUAAAAUGAAAAAUAGUAAAUCUUUUUUGUGCAGCAAGAAACUAGAUUAUAACCAUGCAGUCAGUAAAUUCACGGAAGACGAAAGCGGUUUUUCAUCAAUGAGUUCAUUUCAAGAAAUUGGCAUUCCAAUAAUAAGCAUAAUACCUCCAUCACCAUGCAAGGAAAUGGGAUACGUUGAUGAUAUCCCCGAAGUCGUAGAAGAAACAGGAAAUUGGAAAAAUGAAAUUGAACUAAAUAAACAAACUGUAAAAGUGUUUUGGGUGUAACGAUUGA